GCAAUCAACAAUCGGCCGAAAAAUCGAAAAGUUUUGCACAUCUCGAAUAUCUUGUUCUUUUCUUCCGUGGUUUUCGACUAAUAAGAUGGCUCCAACUGCCAAGACCAACAAGGGUGAUACCAAGGCUGCCAAGCCAGCUGAAAAGAAGGCUGCUCCAGCCGCAGCUAAGGGCAAGGUUGAGAAACCUAAAGCCGCCGAGGCCGCCAAGCCAGCAGCGGCUGCAGCCAAGAACGUAAAGAAGGCGCCGGAAGCCGCUAAGGACGUGAAGGCAGCCGCAGCAGCCAAGCCCGCUGCUGCUGCUAAGCCAGCUGCCGCCAAGCCCGCUGCUGCCAAGGAUGCCGCCAAGAAGGCACCAGCAGCUGCUGCUGCGCCCAAGAAGGACGCUAAGGCAGCACCCGCUGCUACCAAGAAGGCAGCUGCUGCUCCGGCUUCUGCGCCACCAGCAAAGAAGGCAGCCCCCGCUGUCGCUAAGGCUGCACCAGUAGCUGCUGCUGCCGCCGCUCCGGCUGUUGCCAAGCCCGCUGCUAAGCCGGCUGUGGCGAAGCCCAAGCCCAAGGCUGCCACACCUGCGGCAGCUCCCAGCAAGGUUGUGAAGAAGAGUGUGCUGCGCGGCAAGGGCCUGAAGAAGAAGAAGGUAUCGCUGCGUUUCACUAUUGACUGCACCAACAUUGCCGAGGAUAACAUCAUGGAUGUUGCAGAUUUCGAGAAGUACGUGAAGGCGCGCCUCAAGGUGAACGGCAAAGUGAACAACCUGGGCAACAAUGUCACCUUCGAGCGUUCAAAGAUGAAGCUCCACGUUAGCUCCGAUGUUCACUUCUCCAAGGCCUACCUCAAGUACUUGACCAAGAAGUACCUGAAGAAGAACAGCCUGCGUGAUUGGAUCCGUGUGGUUGCCAACGAGAAGGACUCGUAUGAGCUACGUUACUUCAGAAUCAGCUCCAACGAUGAUGAGGAUGAUGACGCGGAGUAAAGAUGCAACAAACCAACAGCAACAACAACAAAAACAAAA